AUGGCCGCCUGCCUCUGCCUGGCUCUGCUCGCCGAAGGGAAAGCUACUGCCUUAAAUGUCAAGGAAGUUGAAAGUAAGGAGGAGGAGGAGGAGGGCAAGGAGGAGGAGGGGGAGGAGGAGGGCAAGGAGGAGGAGGGGGAGGAGGGGGAGGAGGAGGAGGGCAAGGAGGAGGAGGAGGAGGAGGAGGAGGAGGGCAAGGAGGAGGAGGAGGGCAAGGAGGAGGAGGGGGAGGGCAAGGAGGAGGAGGGGGAGGAGGGGGAGAGGAGGGGGGAGGAGGGGCAGGGCGAGGAGGAGGAGGAGGAGGAGGCCACAGGGUUAGCUCUAAUGAAAUCCUGCUCUGGAUCUGUUCAAACAGACGUCUUAUUCUCGGCAGGAUUGUAUUCAAACGGACACGGCGCUAAUUGGACGUUCCCAUUGGUCGAUCUCCUCUAA